UCGACGCUCAGUGUCACGGCAGAUGGUGCACCGCACACUACUCCGGGCUGCAGCUAGGGCGCAAGAACCUGCUUGAGAACAACUUCCAUUCCCAGCAACUUUACCCGUAUUGAGCGUCGACCAGGUGGACCCGGAGGACCACAUAGUCUACCUUUACCAGGAAUCGUUCGGACACGGAAUUCGGGGUCCAGGUCAGGAGCGGCCAUGCCAUUUGGCUGUUUAACAAUCGGGGAAAAGAAGGAUUACCACAGUCCUUCGGACGUAGCGGACAAGUAUGACAUGGGUCAAAUCGUUAAAUCGGAGGAGUUCUGUGAGAUAUUCAGAGCCAAGGACAAAAGUACGAUGAGAAUGUACACGUGCAAAAAGUUCCUGAAAAAGGACGGAAGGAAGGUCCGCAAAGCUGCAAAAAAUGAAAUCCUCAUUUUGAAAAUGGUGAAGCAUCCCAAUAUUCUCCAACUGGUGGAUGUCUUUGAGACUAAGAAGGAGUACUUUCUCUUCCUGGAGCUCGCAACAGGCAGAGAAGUGUUCGACUGGAUCCUGGAUCAAGGUUAUUACUCCGAGCGGGACACCAGCAAUGUGGUGCGCCAGGUUUUGGAGGCCGUGGCCUACCUCCACUCCCUACACAUUGUUCACCGAAACCUCAAGCUGGAGAACUUGGUGUACUACAACCGCCUGAAGCACUCUAAAAUAGUCAUCAGUGACUUCCACCUUGCCAAACUGGAGAAUGGAUUAAUCAAAGAUCCCUGCGGGACGCCAGAGUACCUGGCUCCAGAGGUGGUUGGCAGGCAGCGCUACGGUCGGCCUGUGGACUGCUGGGCGACGGGCGUCAUCAUGUACAUAUUGCUGUCGGGGAACCCUCCUUUCUAUGAUGAGAGUGAUGAAGAUGAUUAUGAAAAUCACGACAAGAACCUGUUCCGGAAGAUCCUUGCAGGAGAUUAUGAGUUUGACUCCCCGUACUGGGAUGAAAUCUCUGAUUCAGCUAAGAGUUUGGUUGCACGUCUGAUGGAAGUGGAUCAGGACCAGAGACUGACAGCCCAGGAGGCCAUCAACCAUGAAUGGAUCUCUGGUGGCGCGGCUUCGGAUAAAAACAUCAAGGAAAACGUAUGCGCACAAAUAGAGAAGAAUUUUGCUCGAGCCAAAUGGAAGAAAGCUGUGCGGGUCACCACCAUCAUGAAGAGGCUGAGAGCGACGGAGCACAGUAGCACAAAGGCCGCCACGGUGGACCCUGCUGCACCCCAAGAUGCCGCUGACCCUUCCACACCUUCACCUGCCACCGCCACACCACAGGAAGUGGCCCCAGAGAUCCAUAAAACAGUUCCAGAGGCUUUGACCGAGGAGGCAGCCGGCGCCGCGGAACCACAACAGCGGAACCAGGAAGCGGAACCCACAUCACGGUGCAAUGGAGAUACUGUGGCAACGCUCCAUGCAGGCGCCGAGGCCGGAGAUGAGCAGGGCUAGGUCCACCUUGCUCCGACCCGCCGAGUCCUGCACACUGUACAUUAGCUGCUAGCAUGGUGACACCGACUCUGCUUCUCUCUCUCUUGCAGCAUUAGGAUCAUCUCAUGGAGGCUAUGCUAACGUUCCUUUUCAAAUCCACUCCUUUUCCUAGUUGACCACAUGUAUUAUAGGUCAGGCGAUAUAAAACAUCCUAAUCCAUCACCAAGCCGUGGUUUACAGUUAAAGCCUUUUCGUGAUGCGUCUUUAUGAGAUAAACCAAGCAGGGAAAAAAACACAGAUUCCUUUUUAAUGAGCCGACUUGGGAAAGUUCUCUCCGGCAGUUUACGUUCUUAAAAUCACAAGAAAAGUUUAGACUUGAAAAUGUUCACUUCACGUACCUCCCUGCUGCUGUACAAGGGAAGCUCGCCUGACAUUUCCACGGUGCUCUCUAUAAUGUGCCGGCACCG